GUUUGGGCGGGCCUUAGAUAUAUCUAGCUACCAGAAUCUGUCAAUUUAACAUUGAUUCUUCUGAUGUUGGCGCUGGUCAGAGGGCCGAUUUUCAACGCAUUCCCAUCGCUAUACGUUUUUACUGUUUUUGAAUAAAACUUCGAGAACGUUUUGACUUUGGGAAUAGUCAUCUUUUGUCUUUUAAGGAUGACAAGCCUAAAGCCUAUUGAAAAGGCAGUAUUGUUCCUUAUCCAGUGUAUAUUUCAUUUAUACACAAUCAUCACAUGGCCAGUCUAUUUUCUAGUCCAAAAGCCGUGGAAAGCUAAAGCUAAUCACAACAAGUUAAAAUCAGUGGCGUUAAUGCAUGGAGAUGAUUUUGUUUUGCAUAGAAGUGUGUCUGACAUCAGUGAUGUACAUGUUAGAUUUAUACAAGAUAAGAUUGACACAAUGGAAAAAGUCUUCAGGUUUGCUGUUCGUCAGCACGGUCAGAAAGCAGCAGUUGGUACAAGAGAAAUUUUGGCUGAAGAAGAUGAGAUUCAACCCAAUGGCAGAAUUUUCAAAAAGUUUGUGUUAGGAAGUUAUCAGUGGAGAACUUUCACUCAAAUGGAUAAUGAAGCAGAAAGCUUUGGCCGUGGUCUUAGAGAAUUGGGUAUCAAUGCUAAAGAGAAUGUUGUUUUAUUCGCUGAAACUCGAGCUGAAUGGCUUAUAGCUUCAAACGGCUGUAUGAAGCAAAAUAUGCCUCUUGUUACUUUGUAUGCAACUCUUGGAGAAGAUGCCUUGAUCCAUGGCAUCAAUGAAACUGAAGUUUCAUGCGUCGUUACGUCUCAGGAAUUAUUGCCGAAAUUCAGGAACAUUCUACCCUGCACACCAAACGUCACCGUUCUGGUUGUAUUUGAGGACGCAAUAAAACCGUUAGAUUUAUCUGGAUACGGGGAUGUCGUAAAAAUCCUUCCCUAUCGCGAAGUUAUUAGGCUAGGAGAGAUGUCAAGCAAAACAGGUUUAUUGCCUAAACCUGAGGACACAGCUUUCGUCAUGUACACCAGCGGCUCCACAGGUCCGCCGAAAGGAGUGCUAAUGAGUCAUGAAAAUGUAAUGAGCUCCAUGUUAGCUUACACUAAUGUUGCCGUUAUUUUCGAAAGUGACGUUUACAUGGCAUAUCUUCCACUGGCUCAUGUUCUUGAACUAAUUGGAGAGAGUAUGUGUAUGCUAUAUGGGAUUCCAAUUGGUUACUCCAACCCUUUAACAAUGACCGAUAACUCAAGUAAGAUUAAACGAGGAAGCAAAGGUGAUGCAUCAGUGUUAAAACCGACUAUAAUUGCCUGCGUCCCACUCAUCCUCGACCGUAUUUACAAAAGCAUUCAAGAAAAAGUAGAAAGUGGUUCUGCUGUGAAAAAAUUCCUCUUCAAUCUGGCUAUGCAAUACAAGCUUGAUUGGUUUCAGCGUGGAUACGACACACCUAUUAUCAAUUCCGUGUUGUUUCGGCCAGUUCGAGCCAUUUUAGGAGGUCGAAUACGAUUUAUUUUGGCUGGUGGUGCUCCACUUGCCCCUGAAACUCACAGAUGCUUGCGAGCUGCUCUUUGCUGUCCUGUCCUGCAGGGAUAUGGACUGACGGAAACGUGCUCAGCAACUACUAUGAUGGAUUUUUAUGACCGAUCGACUGGUAUAACUGGAGGGCCGUUAAGUUGCUGUGAUAUAAAACUAGUGAACUGGGAUGAAGGCAACUACAGAGUGACAGAUCGCCCUUAUCCUCGUGGUGAGAUUCAUGUUGGUGGACCCAAUGUUGCGGUUGGAUAUUUCAAACAACCAGAAAAAACUAAAGAAGAGUUUUACGAAGAAAAUGGAAGACGUUGGUUUCGUACUGGAGAUAUUGGUGAAUUCAGACCAGAAGGAAACUUACAAAUUGUUGAUCGCAAAAAGGAUUUGGUCAAACUGCAAUAUGGAGAGUAUGUAUCUUUGGGUAAGGUCGAGUCUGAACUGAAAACUUGUUCCUUAAUAGACAAUGUAUGCGUCUAUGCCGAUCCUACUAAGCUGUUUGUUGUCGCAUUAGUUAUGCCGAAUCCAGACCACUUGAAGUCAAUUUCCAUGAAAAGCGGCAUUUCGUGGAACAAUAUUGAAGACAUUUGCCUUAAUAGUCAGAUGGAAAAAGUGUAUCUUACUGAAAUUCAAAAGCAUGGUUUGAAAUGUCGGCUAGAAAAGUUUGAAAUACCACAAGCUAUCAAACUAAUCAGUGAAAUUUGGACACCAGACAUGGGGCUUGUUACCGCCGCUUUUAAGUUAAAAAGAAAAAACAUCCAAGACCGAUAUCAGUUGCUGAUCGAUCGAAUGUAUUCCUAAAUAUAGAGGCACCUUCUUCAUUCCCAA